CGGAGAGAAUAUUUUCUGACCUCAAUGAACAAUACAACAAACUACAUAGAGAAAUGAAGCGGUAGAGAGAUGGAUAGCUACCGUUAUAGCGAACAACAUUUUAUAUUUCCGGCCUGAUUUUAAAAUAAUCGUGUCAUGAAUAUUGUAGUCAUCUUUUUGGCGAUCUCCUUACCAAGUGUAGUUAUCGGGAAUAAAGAUCAUGUAUCCUUGAUUUUCGUGGGAGAUAUUUAUUUCGCUGGCCCGGUCAAAUAUUACGUGGAGCGUAAGCAUUACACAUACAAUGACUCUUUCAAUGAAGUGGCUCCAUAUAUCAGAGAUGCUGAUAUAUCUGUGUGUAAUUUGGAAUCUCCAUUCGUCAACGGAGAUGUUUAUACCCACAUGUUCAAAGGUGAAAAGACAGUUCUACUCAGUGCUAACAAGGAUGCUGCAUCAUCGCUGAGUUUUGCAGGAUUUAAUGCUGUAACUCUCGCCAAUAAUCAUUUAAACGAUUUUGGAGCCGAAGGAGCCAAUUUUACUGCGGAAGUACUUAAAGAGACAGGAAUACCAUACUUUGGGAUAAGUUUUGGCGACUAUCUUUCCUCUCAGGAACCACUCAUUAUGAAAAGGAAAGGAAUCACUUUUGGAUUUCUCGGUUACUGCGACAUGCCAUCGCCUCUUAAGAAUUGCUCUCAAAUGAGAAUGUUGUUUACUUCUGGUCCUGCCAUUUAUCGAGAUGACGUUGCCACAAGGGACGUUAACAAGUUAAAGGCUAAAGUUGACAUCAUAGUUGUAUUCAUGCAUUAUGGAAUGGAAACGAGCUUAAGACCACUCCCCUACCAGAUUGAUAUCAACAAACACUUGCUGUCUCUCGGCGUGGAUAUAAUCAUUGGAGCCCAUCCGCACGUGGUACAGGGACAUUGUGUCAAGCAUAACAAGCUUAUUGAGGACAGCUUGGGGAAUUUCCUAUUUCAUCCGUGUCCUUAUAAACGGGGAAGCAAUCCAAUUGUGUAUGGAGGUUUUGGCAAAAAGCCGAGUGAAGUUGAUAUUGAGUCCUACGAGCAUUACGCCUUUGGAAAUAGCAACGACUUAAGAAUUUCCCGGAUGCUCAAAGUCAACGUUUCAAGGAAAGGUGUGGUUAAUGCAAAGUAUUUGCCUCUUAGAAUCAAAUUUAAUCACAAAACCAAAAGACUUCACCCUGAGCCUGAAAAGAAUGCUCAAUGGAUUGAAGUCUGUGGAGCUGAGGACGAUAAAUGCCAAUGUCGCAACGAGAUCAUUGCGACCAGAAAAGUAGCUAGCAAGCGCCUUAUAUAUAAUUAGUUAAUUACUCAUAGGGUUAUAUUUCUUCCCUAUGAAAGGAGAGAGGUUGCAUUGUCAAGGUCGAUGACAAAGAACAUAGAGAAUUUAACUAUACUUUAUUGUGUAAAAUGUGGCGUUUUACAAGGUGUUUUACAAGGACUUAGAAAAAACCGUUAUCUAGUUUUUUACGCGUGUUUGAUAUCGCUAAUAAACUGCUGACACUUCAUCAGCUUUUCGCGUCAAGUAAAAUGUAUUUUUGAAGACGAAAUAAGCUAUAACAUUGUUAAAUACUAUAUCGAAGUUAAAGUGUUUUUAGAUUGACUUCUUUCAGAGAAAUUUGAUCCUAAUUCUUGAGACAUUUACAGUGUUGAUCUUCAGCUCCGCAUACAGUGAUCCAUUUUGCGUUCUUUGUGGGCUCAGGGUGCAGUCGUUUACUUUUUUUAUCGAAAGCGACUUUCAGUGGAAGAUACUUUGCUCCCACGACUCCUUUCCUAUAAAGAGAGAUGAUUGAAUGAAAAUGAAAGAAAUUGAAAAUAUACAAACUAUUUUCUCCUUAUUGAAAAUGAUUGCUUGUAACUGAUUAUUCCGAUCAAAAUCGCGAGAAAGUCUCAUAUAAAAAUAUCGCUGAUUUUAAAGACACACUGUUUCAGUGAGAUGUACAUAGACAUCUAGAGUACUGCUGUCUUGUGAUAUUACAUCUCAGCUAUUGUUCCAGAUCCAUUUGCCAGUUUUCAUCAAAAGAAUAUCAACUAUUCGUAUUCUCUCGUUUUCAGACAAUUUUGUUUCUUUGUAUGAUAUCUUUAUUACCUUUAUAUUUUUCUGUAUCACUAAAAAACUAGUUUGUUCUGUACAUGUAU